AAAAUCAUGUUAGUUUAAUGAACUUUUGUUUUAAAAUUUCAUCAAUAAAAUCCUUGGUGUUCGUAAAAAACAUUAAUGUCACAUAAUGAGUGCUGAUGAUGUGGAAAAUGAUACGCGAUAUAACCAUUUACAUUUCUUGCUGGGACUGGGGCUAGCGAUAUCAUCGAGUAUAUUUAUUGGAUCAAGUUUUAUUAUUAAGAAAUUAGCGUUAAAGAAAAUAAAUGCCCUUGGAAAUGUAAGGGCAUCAGCUGGAGGCUUUGGAUAUUUAAAGCAAUGGAUGUGGUGGUUGGGGUUAACUACAAUGGGUAUUGGUGAAGCAGCAAAUUUAUUAGCUUAUGCAUUUGCACCUGCAGCAUUGGUAACUCCAUUGGGAGCUCUCAGUGUUCUUGUGGCUGCAGUACUUUCAUCAAAGUUUUUACAUGAAAAACUUAACUUCAUAGGAAAGAUUGGGUGUUUCCUUUGCAUAAUUGGCUCAAUAAUUUUUGUCAUACAUUCACCAAAAACAGAAGAAGUUCAAGAUUUUUCAGAUUUGAAUGAUAUGUUAUUUGAUUUUCUUUUCAUAUCUUAUGUCCUGACUAUUUUUGUUAUGACUGUGAUAGUCAAAGUAGUGUUUGUUCCAAGGUUUGGUAAUAGCAAUGUUGUUGUUUAUUUAUUGAUAUGUUCUGGUGUCGGGAGUUUGACUGUUGUAUUUUGUAAAGCAGUUGCACUUGGUGUUAAAGAAACUAUUGAAGGUGGCUCCAAUAAUUUUAAUAAUUAUAUAUUCUGGUUGCUGGUAUUUUUAUCAGUGUCUUGCAUAAUGGUACAGAUGAAUUAUUUAAAUAAAUCAUUAGAUAUAUUUAACACUAGUAUUGUAACACCAAUUUAUUAUGUAAUAUUUACUGUAUUAGUUAUAAUUUCUUCUGGUAUACUAUUCAAAGAAUGGCAAAGAAUUGAUGUUAAGGAUAUAUUAGGUUGUGUUUGUGGUUUUCUCAUAUUAAUGGUUGCAGUGUUCACUUUGAAUGCAUUCAAAGAUGCUCAUUUAACAUUUAAGGAUUUAAAUUUAAAUGCAAGAAGAAGAACUCCUACAAAUGUUGAUCAAUCUAAUAACUUUGUUAUUACAUUUCAAAGAACAAGAAGUCAUGAAAGUAGCAAUUAAAGUACAUUAUUUAAUAUGUUGAUUUAAGUAAUGGUGUAAAUUAUUCAACAUAUAAUAAGAAAAAUGUUACGGUAAAUCAAUUAAAUACUUGGCAUAAUUUUUCAUGUUUUGCUUUAUUCAUAAUUUUGGUAUCAUCUUUCUAUAGGAGGAAUGUAUAACCAUAUCACAAAUACACAGUGACCGAUUGAUAAAUAAAAGUUCUACAAAUAGGGCAAGUGCGUUGGUAUCCAUAAAGCCUCAUACAGCAAUCAGUGCAUAAGCAAACAUGUCGGCAUGGCAAAGUUAAAACACACUUUGGUUGCUCCUGACAUAUUAUACAUAAUGAAUCUGCACCAUUUUCUUCAGAUAUUGCAGCAUUGGCUUCUUCUCGACUUAUUAGUUGUUGACCACCAACCAUCCGAGAUAUAACUCUUGUUUCAUAGUCAUAAAAAUAAUUAUGAAUUGUAUAAUAUAAAUACAAGACUUUUCUUACUAAUACCCAAUAUAAUGCAGUAGUUUGUGUUCUUAAUGUAUUCCUAAAAUGUAUGGAUAACCGCACAAUAAUAAUAGCCAUUAAUAAGCCUACAAGAGAUUCUAAUGGUACAUCAGUCAAAAAAUUUGUAAACUUGAGUACAAUUGUAUAAGCUUCUAGAGCACAGCAGCAUAAACCAUCUCUAAACUUCUUCCAAACUUCCAAUAAUAAGAGGGGCAGAUGAACAGGUAAAAAUGUCAACACCAGCCAUGAAGUUUCUCCCAAAAAUAUUAAUGUUUUUUUCCAUAACAUUAUAAAUUCUGUGACCAUUAACAAAACUUCCUCAAUCGACCAUCUUAUGGUGCUAAUAAAUACUUUAAAAUCGUUUAGUAUGCUAUAGCAUACGGUACUAAAGUAGUUAUGAACUUGAGCACAGUGCUUAACCACAGAAUCCAAGAAUUCACCAGUCAAACUGGGUAUUUCUUCGGUGAAAAUGUAAACAUUAUCUUCAUACACUAUUUGAAAAAACAGAAGAAUGUUUUCUGCACUUUUCAGUACCGAUGAAAAUAUUGUCGUUACAAUCUUUACUAUUAUUUCUCCUACAACCGAUGCCGAUAAAAAAAGCCAUUUAAUAAUAUUUGCUAAAAAGUUGACUACAUUUAUUAUCACAGAAAUCAUUCUUAUUCAUUAUUACUUAUCCGCUACGAUGGUAAGGCAAAUCCCGAGGAUAUAGGUACAAAUAAAUUAAAAUGGUACUUGAAAAAAACAACGUUAUUUAUAUUUACAGUGCUGAC